CCAUUGCACUCUAACUUCAGCGAUGUGCGUCUGUGAACUAUGUGUCAUCAACGAUCAACUCAAAUGAUUUUUUUAAUCGAAAUAAUUCUGUUUUUAUACAAUAUAACUAAAUUGCAAUUUUAAUUAAAUUGUCAAUGUGCCAAUGCGAUUACUGCUUUGAGAGCAGAGUGCAAAGAAUAUGGGGAAGCUGUUGUCAAAAAUUUUUGGCAACAAGGAGAUGAGAAUAUUAAUGUUGGGCUUAGAUGCAGCUGGAAAAACUACUAUACUUUAUAAAUUAAAAUUAGGCCAAUCUGUGACAACAAUUCCAACAGUAGGUUUUAACGUAGAAACUGUCACGUAUAAAAAUGUCAAAUUUAAUGUUUGGGACGUUGGAGGCCAAGAUAAGAUCCGUCCUCUCUGGCGUCAUUAUUAUACUGGAACCCAGGGAUUGAUAUUUGUGGUGGAUUGUGCUGACAGAGAUCGUAUUGAUGAAGCGAGACAAGAAUUACAUCGUAUUAUAAAUGAUAGAGAAAUGCGAGAUGCCAUUAUUUUAAUUUUUGCAAAUAAACAAGAUCUUCCUGAUGCAAUGAAACCCCACGAAAUACAAGAAAAACUAGGCUUAACUCGAAUUCGAGAUCGAAAUUGGUAUGUUCAACCAUCAUGUGCAACAACUGGCGAUGGCUUAUACGAAGGACUAACAUGGCUCACUUCAAAUCAUAAGUUAUAGUUAAAUGCUGUACGAGAAGCAAAUCAAAAAAACAAAAAAGUAAAUAUUACAAUUAGCCUCAUCAUUCCUAGCACCACUGGUUUUUUUCUCUUUUUUGGCAAAAAAAAAAAAAAAAAAAAAAAUGGAUCAGCUGUUGGUAUCCUCCUACCUAACUAAAUCGUAUAUAGUGAUAAAUGGAAUUAUAAAUUACAAAAAAAAAAAAACAAAAAGUGUGUGCUCCUAUUUUUUAGGUUUAUUUUAUGUGUAGUUAACAAAACUAAAACAUUACAAAAAUUAUAAAUAU